AUGAGUCAAGGUUUGAGUUGCUGGAGAGAAAAACAUUUGCUCCUCGAAAACAGUGGAAAUCUCGCAUGGAAGAUCAUCGAGCAAAUCACAGAUUGGAGUAAAACAUUGAUUCAUCAGAUACAAGAACACGUGAAUGACCAACGAAAACUUCUCGAACGAGUUUAUGAACAAAAAGUAUCCUAUUUCGAUUCCAUACGCGAUCAAUUUCUACAGCGCGCUCUCGUUUUCGAACAACAACAUGAUACCGCACAGAUGCAGCAGUUAAUCAAUCAAUGCAACGCAUUGAAAUCGGAUAUCGCUUUUCUAGUCUACAAUGAACGACCAAUAACAUCGAUACAACUGGUAACAGAAGAACAACUCUUACAGACGUGUAUCGAGCAAAAAACUGCCGAUAAAGAGUCUCAAACCGAAAAUCCUAAUACAAAUUUGGGAUUAGUCAAUGCAGAACAGGAUACACGCUCGUCGAGAAUCGAUCAUCACGACUUCGAUAGUAAUACGUCAGUGCAGGAGGUUCUCAUCGAAAGAUGUCCACUAUGCUACAUGAUCUUUCCGAAGAGUAUGAAUAUUGGUGAUCGAAAUGUUCAUAUCAAUGAGCACUAUCAGGAUGAUUGA